CUCGUCUGCAGGUCCAAAGUGAAAACGUUACAUGAAAGAAUCCCUUUAGCUGGACUUAGCAAACUCCCAAGUAUUCCACAGAUUGCAAAGGCUUUCUGCGACGAUGCCACCGGACUCAAGUUCAAUCCCGUGCUGUAUCCCAAGGCAUCUCAAAUGAUCGUCUCCUAUGAUGAGCACGAAGUCAACAAUACAUUCAAGUUUGGUGUGAUUUACCAGAAGUUUAAGCAGACACAGGAAGAAGAGCUGUUUGGGAACAAUGAGGAGAGUCCUGUGUUCAAAAGUUUCUUGAAUUUGUUGGGUGACACCAUCACACUACAGGAUUUUAGGGGCUUCCGAGGAGGUCUGGAUGUCACUCACGGCCAGACGGGCGCAGAGUCUGUGUACACAGUGUUCAGGGACAGGGAGAUUAUGUUUCACGUCUCCACCAAGCUUCCCUUCACAGAGGGAGACACACAACAGCUUCAGAGAAAGAGACACAUUGGAAAUGACAUUGUGGCAAUUAUAUUUCAAGAAGAAAACACUCCAUUUGUUCCAGACAUGAUUGCUUCAAAUUUCCUGCAUGCCUACAUAGUUGUCCAGGCUGAAAAUGCUGAGACAGAGAAUCCGUCCUACAAAGUCUCUGUCACUGCGCGAGAAGACGUCCCUUCUUUUGGGCCCUCACUGCCCAGCCCACCCGUGUUUCAGAAAAAUUCUGAAUUCCGAGAGUUUCUUCUCACUAAACUGAUCAACGCAGAACACGCCUGUUGCAAGUCAGACAAGUUUGCGAAGCUUGAGGACCGGACACGAGCUGCCUUGUUGGACAACCUCCACGAUGAGCUUCACAUUCACACCCAAAUGAUGCUGGGGCUGGGAUCGGAGGAAGACAAGAUGGAGAACGGGGGCCACGGUGGAUUCUUGGAGUCCUUCAAGAGAGCCAUCCGGGUCCGAAGCCAUUCCAUGGAAACCAUGGUGGGAAGCCAGAAGAGACACCAGAGCGGAGGCAUUCCUGGAAGUCUGAGUGGAGGGAUUGUUCACAACAGUGUUGAAAUCACAAAGACGACCUUCUCUCCUCCAGCAGCCAUCGCAACGGCAAAAAAUCAGUCGAGGAGCCCCAUCAAGAGGCGAUCCGGGUUAUUCCCUCGUUUGCACACUGGAUCGGAAAGCCAGGCCGAGCCCCGGACACGAUGUGACAGUAGCUCGGGAACACCAAAGACCCCUGAUGGAGGCCAUCCUUCCCAAGAAAUGAAGGGGGAAGCCUCCUCGAACCCAAGCUCUCCAGAAAUCUGCCCCAACAAAGAGAGGCCCUUUGUUAAACUCAAAGAGAACGGCAGGCCAAACAUCUCCCGAUCCUCCUCCAGCACCAGUAGCUUCAGCAGCACAGCCGGAGAAAGUGAGAACCUGGAAGAGUACGAGAGUGCGGCAAGCCAGCCCUCCACAGCCUCCCCCUACAAGCAGGACGUCUUUAUCUACAGCCCGUCCCAAAGCAACGAGAAUCCCGUUUUAGCCUCAGCUUCCACUCCCGUGAUCAUGAGCAGGAGUCCCACCGAUAUAAAGAGCAGGAAUUCGCCACGGUCAAAUCUAAAAUUCCGAUUCGAUAAACUGAGCCAUGCAAGUUCAGGACCGACCCACUAGCUGAAGGAAAGGGCUGUGAAUCCAUAAAAGGGCAUCUAUGUUUCAUUUUGUUCUCUUCUGUUUCAUUUGGUUUCAUGAGGGGAAAAUGGUAUCCCCUCCCCGGAACCCUUGCGUCUCUCUGCUACACCUGGAGAGCAUAACCGACGGUGUUUGGGUCCUCCCGUCGACAAGCCGCGAGAAUCCACUUCAUCCACGUUGGCCCCAAGCCCAACUGGGAGAGGGGGACAAACAGACCACCACCCUCGUGUGGUUCCCUGACUUUGUGAAGUUGCUGAGGGACAGGACUGGCAACCCCACCCCCACCCCAACCGCGCUAACUCCGCUUUGCAAAUGGUGUUUUCCUCCCUGGCGGGAUGAGGACAUGGGGGGCAUACCCCGAAGCCUCCUGAGCGUCUCUACCCGCACACCACAAACGUCGGAGGUGGCUCUCUCGGAUCUUCGAACCAGGGACCGUCCUCACAGCCACGCGCCUAAAUCCGUGCUUCACCCGAGCCGACGUCACCAUCCGGCUGUGAAAGAAGCCUUCUUCCCGCAGCCACGUUGUGUUGAGCCACGGAAGAGGGGCCAGGCCUCGAGUCACGCGGGUUGGUGUGGAUUCCCCCCCCCCGGUUCCAGGUUCCGCGCCUCUCAACCCAAAGGUCACCUUGGAGGGAUCCACCACAGGACCGAGAACCGCCUUCCCCUCCCUUUCCCACGUGGUCUUUGAACGCUUGCUUAGACUCUUGCACCUUGCGUAUGAAAUGGUCGCUUUGGGGCAGAGAUUCAUGAACUGCUCUUCUUUGGGGCUCAUUUGGGACUCCAGAAAGCUGUAUUUGGUUUUUAAAAAAGGAAAUAAGAAAACGAGGAAUAACCCUUAGCUAUCCUGUAGGCUGGUUUCUUGCCCCUCGGGGUUCAGACCUCCUAGAUCUGAGCUGAGCCCCUUUUUUCUCUUACAUGCGAACAGGAAGGGAAUGAUCUUGAGGGCUACCUUCCCAAGAGGUGGAGAAGGGCAGACGUGGGCAAGGAGAGCUCAGGGCUAGUCCGUACGUCUCAAUUGGAGCAGACCGAAUUGGACUAAAAAGGCUCGCUUACAACCGGGUAGAGGGCUGGUAUCUCUUAAGGGAGCCUGUCUCCAUUAAGAAAACAACAGCAACAGCAACAAACAGAUAAAUAAACAAGCCCCCCUCCUUGCUCCCUCCUCUCUUCUCCUCU